AUGGCUAUUAUUAUUACCAGUACUGAAGAACCUCUCGACUUGGCCAACAGAACCUCCUUCUUCCAUGACCACGUGGUUGUAAUGGAGAUCAAUAACCUUCUUGCUGGAUGGCCCACCUACACAAUCAACUUCACACCCGAGCAUCCAGGACCAUUGAAGCUCAUUUUACGCUUGAAGGACGCGUCAAAUUUUCGCUCAACUGAAGAUGACAAUAGUGCAGAUGAGGCAGAGGGAAUGGGGAAAGUCAACGCACCACCAGUCAUCAAGGAAGACCCAGAUGUUACCAUGGUCUGUGAGGCCACCUCGAAGGAUGCACCUCAGUGUGUCAGUGUGCAACCUGUGCAACUACAUGGCAGGUUUAAGGACACUCCUUCAAUUGUCGUUUUACAGGAGAAGAAUAUGACUGCCGAAGUACCACUCAAACAUGUUGACGCAUUCAUGACACUACCUGCUGCUGUAGAAGCAUUAAAGUUAGAAUGA